AAGAAGAGGAGGGACAGAGUGGGAGGGGAAGUUUAACUGCAUCAUUUUAUUUGACACUGAGAAGAGAAAGUAAAGUGAAUGAGGAAAUAAAAAAGUCCGUCUCAAGACGUGUUGUUCUCACUCGCACAUACAGACGUCGAGAUCACCUGAAGACAUUAAACGGUCUAAUUUAUUUGCACUUGCUGUGAAAUUUUCGUCAAAUCAUGUCGAAGGCGACCUCUCUGAAAAUCAGCCGUGAGAGCGCUCUCCAGGUGAGUCCAAACUCGGAGUACCGAGUUUCGUGAUAAAUCCGGAUAUGUCAGGUACAUGUUUACAGACGGAGCUGAAAACCGUCCUGCAGAGUGUUUCUGGUGUUUAAAGUUCAAAUGUGCAGAAGAAGUUCGUGAAUAUGACUUAGAGAGGCGGAAAAUCCCCCAUGAGAGGAAAACGAAAGUAAAUCCAACAGACUUUUCUAACAUGAGUCAGCAGUUAAAACAGUCACAUUUUACCCUUUUCUUUGUUGUUUUAGGUGAAAAACUUCCAACAGUCCCUGUAUCAGGAGGUUUGUUGACAUACACUAAAUCAAUUUCAGUUUUUAUUCAUUCAAAGGUACAUGCAUGGUUAAAAAAGUAAGUAUUUUUAUGCAGAACUUGUUUUGUCCUCCUCUUAUUUUGCAGGCCGGGAAUCUGUUUUCCAAUUUCAUUCCGCAGAAGAUUGGCAAGCUGGAUGCUCUGAUCAAGGUCAGCAAAUUUACUAAGUUAUGACUCAUUAAUGUAUAUUUUUAAAUUAAUUAAGGAUCCAAAGUGCUCCAUGUUAACAAAUGAUUAUUUUAAGCAGACUGAAGGAGGAUUCAAAAACUUUGCCUUUUACAACAAUGUGAUUAUCUGACUUUGCUCAUAAUCUGCAGUUUCUACUCUCCAUUUUUUUUUUAGGACAAAAGCUUCAAUAUCGAAGAUUUGUCCUCCCUCAGGGCUCCUCUCGACAUCCCCAUACCUGACCCUCCCUCCCCGGAGGAUGAGGUGAGCGUUUGUUUAAUCAGGCAGUAAUUACAUACAUUAAAUACCUCGCCAAACAAGUCAGACCAGUUUCAAGCACUCACUAUCCUUUAAUUUAUACAACCAAGUAUCGAGGUACAGUGUAUAGAAAUGGGUUAUUUUGUUAUAUAUAUCAGCUGGGUUCUGGAUUAAAAUGCCCCUUUACUCACCCCUUCUGUUGUGGAAGUACGGUGGCCUUUAAGGACAAGUAGCUCCUGUGAAUAAGAAAAGUGUGGUCCUCCAUGUGCCAAGUUUUUACCAGCAAAAAGAUCCAUCUUUACAAAUGCUUUUACGUACAACCAGAUAAGGGAAAAAGUCACAUUUUGCUAGUCCAAGUCUCAAGCCUCUAAUCUCAUAAUAUGUAAUCUCUUGGUUUAUAAUAUGACUGUUUUCCACUUCUGAUUGUAAAGAAAAUGGAGACAGAUAAAAAGGAGGACGAGAAGAAAAAGAAGGAAGGUAAAUCUCAUUUUCUAAUAAUCUUUCAGAGUAACAGGUAGCCUGUGUCGGUUAAUACUUAUCGUAAAAGAGCCUGAAUCCUGCUGUCUGUCCUUCAGCUCCAAAGUGUGGCUUCAUCAAGGGGAAUGAGAAGAUCAUGGCUUUAGUGGAUGUGGUGAAACCAGAGAUUGUGGCUUUCAGAGAGACCAUCAUUACUGUAAGUGAAUUAUCCUCACUUUCAGGAAAAUUCUUUAACUACUUCUUUUCUGGAAAAACUUGAAAUUAAGUUACAAUAAUCUGGAUUAAUCUCCUCAAGGUCUCCUGCUGGAUUCAGCACCUCAUUCCGAAAAUAGAAGAUGGAAAUGACUUUGGGGUCGCAGUCCAGGUACAUUUCUAUGUCCACAAAAAGGAUUUAAUUCAUGUCAGCAUUUGAUGAUCAUGAAGCAAUGUCGGGGGUUUUAUUACAGGAGAAAAUCUUGGAGAGAAUCGUAGCAGUGAGGACCAAAGUCGAUACUCUUCUGACUAACCUCAACAAGUAAGUGGAAAUCAAAACCAUAGACUCUGACUACUGUUUGGGCACACAACACUCAAAAGUUUUAUCUUAUGAGAAUGUUGAACUUUUUUAUCCACGUUUAUUUCUAUUGAUCAUUUCGACUCUUGUUUUCCAGGUACUUCACAGAGAGGGGAGACGCUGUUGCAAAAGCUUCAAAGGACACUCAUGUGGUGGGUGUUUGCUGUGUUUAUUGAUUUUAAAUCUCUGGUUUUGGUUAUUUUCUAGAUUUUUUUAGUGUCAUUUAAUCAAUGUCAACUUAAUCUAUGUAUAGUCUCAAAGGCAUAAACCAUUGGUGUUCAUUUUGAAGCCCUAAGUCUUUGGGCACCAGAUUGGAAAUAUUGCCUUUGAAUAACAUCUAGCUCAUUUCAGAUUAAGCAGGAUAUUGUUUAUUCUUUGUUUAAUCUUGUUCUAGGCUGUAAACAUUUUUUAAUCUGUUGCUCAAAUCAAAAUUUUAAUAUAGGCUUUAAAUGGGUUCCUUGGCUUUUAUAGACGAUCCCCAGUGGACACUGGAAAAACUGUAGUUUUUUCCACUUUCCCAAGAACUGUACAACUCUGUAAAAUCUGUUUCUCCUUUACAGAAAUAAGAAAGGUAGGACUCUGGUAUCAGCUUUGUUAAUAACAUGGAAGACGAUAAACUUAAUUUCCAGGAUAGAGUGACUUUUAAUUUCUUUCCCUUGUUUCUGUUUUUUCUUGUACCCUUAAAUUAAAGCAUUUAAUAAAACUCAUCUGUCCCUACUGAGAAAAGCAGAUGCACAACAUGACAACCAAAUUAACUUAGCAAGUGCAAACAUCAGUCUUUAAAACUGAAAUUGAAGUCACUUUAAAAACUGCUGUGGGUGGACACAGGCCCUGAUAGCCUAAAUGUAGCAGCCUUGGUUAAGUUAUUGGAAACUGUUUCAACUGAGUUUUCCCUGAUUUCAGAUGGACUACCGCUCACUUGUCCAUGAGAAAGAUGAGAGCAUCUACGCCGAGCUCAGACUGACCCUUUUCGACAUUCGCGGCUUCUAUGUAAGUCAGAUCAGACUGGGAAUUAUGACUAUAAUUCAGUCAAACUGAGAACCUAAACUUCUUUAUCUACCUAACUGCUUCAGGCCGAGCUCUACGACAUUGUUACCAAGAAUCUGGAAAAGGUGACCAAUCCCAAAGGAGAGGAGAAGCCGUCCAUGUACUGAAGCAAGAAGGAGGCUGCGGCUUCGACAGGCACCUGGUGUUUUUUUUUUUUUUUUUUUAAUGGUUUAGGUUCACUACCAUUCAUCUCUCUUUGUUCAGUAAAGUCUCCAUAAAUGCCUGAAACAGAUUCCAAUUACGAUUUACCCUCAGAAAAAAAAAAGGUAAAGAUUGUUUAACACUGCCGGAAUUUCAUGGCACUUAGAUUUUUUACCAAUAUUUGCACUAAGCUGUAAAAUUAUGUGUUCAAAAACCAAAUAAAAAUAUAAAAAGCUGUUUUCCCAAA